AUGGCCGGUGACGACAUUACCUUCAUCUUCCAGUUUGGGAAUCUGCGCGACAUCACCACGGUGGAGUCGAGUGCACUCACACUCAAAACACUCAAAGAGCUGGCCUGUGAAUUCAUCAACAGUAAGAUCCCGGAGAAUGGUUUAAAUCGGCUACCGGAACGGUUGCUACUGUUCCGGCACGAUUACGAAUCGCACAAUGUGCUGCAGAUGGUGACGUCCGCUUCCGACAUCGUAGACGAGACGCUGGUGGAGAUUGUGCUCACUGCCAACCAAACGUUGCUUCCACCGGCGAACAGUGGACCGGCACUGCACCGGAACAAUGUGCCGAUUGCUCAAGAGGACAUACCGCUGGUGCGGCCCCACGCACUGAACGUUCACUCGUACAAGGCGCCCACCUUCUGCGACUUUUGCGGCGAGAUGCUGUUCGGGCUGGUACGGCAGGGGUUGAAGUGUGAUGGGUGCGGGCUCAACUACCACAAGCGCUGUGCGAUCAAAGUGCCAAACAACUGCAGCCGGGCGGAGCACACCGGCGUGCUGCAGCAGUCCCAGUCGCAGCAGCACAGCAACGGCAGCGGCAACAGUGGCAGCGGCCGUCGGUCCGGUUCCGCCGGCGGCGGGCUGCUGUCCUCGAUGACGGCCGCCGUCAUGCCCGCCCGCAGCCCAUCCGGCGGCUCCAGCAACUCGCUAGCGUCCGACGAAACGGCCGGCGCCGGAACAAUGCUGUCUACUACCCUGCGCCAGAGUCGGUCGCCAUCGCUAACGAGCCGUGGUGUCGUCGGUGGCCACCCGAUCAAAAUCCCGCACAGCUUCUCCAUCCAUACGUACACCCGGCCGACCGUGUGUCAGUACUGCAAGAAGCUGCUGCGCGGUCUCUUCAAACAGGGCGUCCAGUGCCGGGACUGCCACUACAACGCGCACAAAAAGUGCAUCGAGAAGGUGCCGAAGGACUGUACGGGCGAGAACACACAGCCGGUGGACGUGCACGACGAUCGCAGCCUGUCGAGCGAUCGGGAGCUGCUGUACAAGGACGACCCGGAAGACGAGAGUGACUUCGAUGACAAUCCGUUCGGUCAGGCGGGCCGACGAUCUGGGGGCGUUGGUGGUGUGGGUCCGGUGCUCGGUACGGCGCCGGCAAAGGAAGGAAUCGGAAAAGAUGCACCAGCCGGCGGGGAAGGUUCUCCGGGGAAGAUGAACGGUGGGAAUGCGGUACCGGCACCGGCGUACCAUUUGCUGGACGACUCCGACGACAACCGACUGGAGGUGAUCUGCGAGCAAUCGCGCCAGUCGUCCAGCAAUUCGUCGUCCUCGCCGAGCGCCAACAUACCGCUGAUGCGGAUCGUGCAGUCGGUGAAGCACACCAAGCGCCGGGAUGGGCGCGCCACGAAGGAGGGCUGGCUGGUGCACUUUACCAGCAAGGAGAAAACGAUCAAGCGCCAUUACUGGCGGCUCGACUCGAAGGCAAUCACGCUGUUCGUGUCGGACCAGGGCAGCAAGUACUACAAGGAGAUACCGCUGAACGAGAUCGUGGCGGUGGAGGCGGCCCGCACGCUGCAGGGCGAGGUGCUGCACUGCUUCGAGAUACGGACCGCGACGGUCGACUACUACGUCGGGCAGGACCCGCUGUACAACAUGAAGCAUCACACCGAUCCGGUGCUGGCGUUACCACCGCCGGACAGUGGCGUCGGUGCCUAUCUGGCGAAAAGCUGGGAAACCGCCAUCCGGCAGGCACUGAUGCCGGUCCAGACCGGUGCGGGCCGGUCGGAGGCGCACGGUACGGCCGGUAGUGCGAGCGAACCGGAGGAGCGCGUCACCGACAUGAGCCAGCUGUACCAGAUCUUCCCGGACGAGGUGCUCGGUUCCGGACAGUUCGGGAUCGUGUACGGUGGUGUGCACCGGAAGACACACCGGGCGGUCGCGAUCAAGGUGAUCGACAAGCUGCGCUUCCCCACCAAGCAGGAGGCGCAGCUAAAGAACGAGGUAGCGAUACUGCAGAACCUGUCCCACGCGGGUGUCGUCAAUCUGGAGCGCAUGUUCGAAACACCGGAGCGAAUCUUCGUCGUGAUGGAGAAGCUGAAGGGAGACAUGCUGGAGAUGAUACUGUCGCAUCAGAACGGUCGUCUAAACGAGCGCGUCACCAAAUUUCUCAUCACACAAAUACUCGUUGCCCUGAAGUACCUGCACAGCCGUAACAUCGUACAUUGCGACCUCAAGCCAGAGAACGUGCUGCUUUCGUCGGACAACGAAUUUCCCCAGGUGAAGUUGUGCGACUUCGGGUUCGCUCGCAUCAUCGGUGAAAAGUCAUUCCGACGGUCGGUCGUCGGUACACCCGCUUACUUGGCACCGGAAGUACUGCGCAACAAGGGCUACAACCGGUCGCUGGACAUGUGGAGCGUUGGCGUCAUCAUCUACGUCAGCCUGAGCGGCACCUUUCCCUUCAACGAGGAUGAGGACAUUAACGAUCAAAUCCAGAACGCCGCCUUCAUGUACCCGCCAAACCCCUGGAAGGAGAUCUCCUCCGAUGCAAUCGAUCUGAUCAACAACCUGCUGCAGGUGAAGCAACGGAAACGGUUCACGGUGGACAAGAGCCUGCUGCACUGCUGGCUCCAGGACCUGCAAACCUGGAACGAUCUCCGUGCGCUCGAGUCGCAGGUUGGCCUGCGCUACCUGACGCACGAAUCGGACGAUGCCCGGUGGGCGGUGACGGCCGGCAGCGGGUGCCAUACCGGUGGCGGUGGUCCAUGA